AUGAGGCUUCGCAAGGCAAAAAAUAGUCGGGAUGCAGAUGCUCUCUUUACAUUUUCAAAAUGGCUACUCGACAUUGGGGAUGGCAAGAUCAACGAGUCUAACAGUGGUGAGGUCGAAAUAGAAAUACCCAAGGAUUUAUUAAUUGCUGCAUGUGACAAUCCUAUACAAGCAAUUGUUAAACAUAUAUACGGUACAUCAUUUGCAACAAGGGCUGAUGCAAAAUUCUUUUGCGAAAGAGCUAUUCUUAGUCCAAGAAAUGAUGACGUCGAUAAAAUAAAUCAAUAUACGCUCUCUCAACUUCCAGGGGAAGAGAGACAAUAUUUGAGUUCAUACAGCAUCAAGACUUCCGAUACAAGUGCUUACGACGAUAUGUACUACACUCAGGAAUUCUUAAACAAUAUUCACGUUUCUAGAUUACCUAAUCAUGUUCUAACGCUUAAAAAGAGAGCACCUACCAUGUUACUUAGGAAUAUUGAUCCUAAUGGUACGAGAUUGAUUGUCACUCAAAUGGCUAAUCAUGUUAUUGAAGCAAGGAUUGAUGACACAAUUGAAGCUCCUUAUUUACCUGAUACACUCGCUAAACUCCCGAAAUAUAUCGACGAUGGUGAGUGA